CUUUGAGAUGAGCGCUUUCUCUCUCUUCCUCGAUUCGUGCUGCUAUUAUUAUAUAGUACCAUCUCUUUUUCUCUCUCCUCCUUUCUAAAUAAUACGAAAAUUUACAGAGCAUGUGAAAAAUCAAGAAACCCCCAAUACCCAAUGCUCAGAUUCUUCUUCUUCAACAACCAUUCAUCACCUCUCCUUUUCCUCUAGUUUGUGCGCAGAAGAGAAGCCCAUAUCAAAGAAAAUCAUGAAGAGGGAUAAUCCGAAUCAACUAAAUUUUGCCACUUCUAGUUCAUCGAACAAGGGCAAGAUGUGGUGUGAAGAACAAGAUGCAGGUGGUGUCGAUGAACUCUUUGCAGUUUUGGGUUACAAGGUAAAGUCAUCUGAUAUGGCUGAGGUUGCGCAGAAGCUCGAACAUCUUGAAGAAGUGAUGGGCAGUGUUCAACAAGACGGGCUUUCUCAAAUAGCAUCUGAUACUGUUCAUUACAAUCCUUCAGAUCUAUCAUCAUGGCUGGAAUCCAUGAUUUCUGAGCUUAACCCUCUUCCUAAUUUUGAAUCCUUCAACUCUAUUGUUCAAGAUCCGUUCCUUGAAACAUCUUGUGUUACUAGUAUUGAUUCUCACAGCUAUAACAGCUUGAAUAGCCAUGCUCGUUCACAUAUAUCUGUUUCAACCCAGCAACAAAUGGUUGUUGAUUCAGAUUUUGGUUCAGAUCUUAUUUCUAUUCCGGGGAAAGCUGUGUAUCCCCCAAGUCAACAGCACCCACCGCUCCAGCAUCAGCCACAACCCAAGAAAUUGAAGCCAUCAUCAUAUUCUGGUAUGGGAAGUUCCAAUACUGCUUCUUGGGGUUCGCCUAAUGAGUCCAUUUCUGCACAUCCCAUCGAGUCUGCCCGUCCCAUGCUCCUGGUUGACUCACAAGAAAAUGGUAUUAGGUUAGUCCACAGCUUGAUGGCUUGUGCAGAGGCUGUGCAACAACAGAACAUGAACUUGGCUGAGGCUUUGGUCAAGCAAAUUGGGUUCCUCGCAGUAUCCCAAGCAGGGGCUAUGCGAAAAGUAGCUACAUAUUUUGCUGAAGCAUUAGCCAGGAGAAUUUACAAAUUAUACCCCACAAAUCCACAUGACACCGCCUUUACGGACCUCCUUCAAAUGCACUUCUAUGAAACCUGCCCGUACCUGAAAUUCGCCCAUUUUACCGCAAAUCAAGCUAUUCUAGAAGCGUUUGCAGGUAAAAGUCGCGUCCAUAUAAUUGAUUUCGGCAUGAAACAGGGGAUGCAAUGGCCUGCUCUUUUACAGGCCUUGGCCUUGAGGCCCGGUGGCCCGCCCAGCUUCCGAUUGACAGGAAUUGGACCGCCGUCACACGAUAACAUGGAUCAUUUGCGAGAAGUGGGGUGUAAAUUGGCUCAAUUGGCUGAGACAAUUCACGUUGAGUUUGAUUACAGAGGCUUUGUGGCUAAUUCAUUAGCUGAUCUUAACGCAUCCAUGUUUGAUGUAAGGGAAGGUGAAACUGUGGCCGUGAAUUCCAUAUUCGAGCUUCAUCAGUUGCUGGCCCAGCCCGGCGCCAUCGAAAAAGUGCUGCAAGUCGUGAGCGAAGUGAAGCCUGAAAUCUUGACUGUGGUGGAGCUAGAGGCUAACCACAAUGGGCCGGUUUUCUUGGACCGAUUCACGGAGUCUUUGCACUAUUACUCGACCCUUUUUGAUUCUUUGGAGAGUAGCGGUGGCGGCGAUAUUGGUGGCGGGGCGGUGAGUGUUCAGGACAAGGUUAUGAGUGAAGUUUAUUUGGGUCGGCAGAUCUGUAAUGUGGUGGCGUGUGAGGGACCGGACCGGGUGGAGAGGCACGAGACCUUGGUCCAGUGGAGAACCCGGUUCCAGUCUGCCGGGUUUGGGCCGGUUCAUUUGGGUUCAAAUGCUUAUAGGCAGGCUAGUAUGUUACUUGCCUUAUUUGCAGGUGGGGAUGGCUAUAGAGUUGAGGAAAAAGAUGGGUGUUUGACAUUAGGAUGGCAUACAAGGCCAUUGAUUGCUACCUCGGCCUGGAAACUCAUCUAACACACUGAGUCAACGAAAACCGGUUGGUUGACUCGGUUUUGAAGGUGUACCUACCUUAGUGAGGAUGAGACGCACCACUCCCAAGUGUCUCACUUUUACUUUUUUCUUUAUAUUUUCCGUUUUUUAGCCGAUCCUUUUUAUGGCUUUGAAAUUUAAUUUUCUUGUUUUAUUGGGUGUAAUCUUGUAAUUCUGAGGGGUGAGUGAAUCUGAAAUAGUCAAUGUGUAUUUUUUUAUUUAUAUAUAGCUUUUGCCUCAAUAAAGAAGAGAGCUCUUCUUUGGAUUUGUGUU